UCCCUCCUUUCUUUAUUUUCCCCCUCUUCUUUUUUCCUUUUGAAAAAAGACGCGGUGAGGGGUGGACCAACAUAUGACCAAUAAACCCGGAUUUGAUUGAGAUUUUUUUAGAGAUAGAUCAUUCAUUUUUACGAAAACCGAUACGAGAUCACGAGAAGAUGUAUGGAACAUCAACCGGGCCCCAGACGGGAAUCAACACUCCACGCUCAUCGCAGUCGUUGCGCCCACUGAUCCUGUCUCAUGGAUCCCUCGAAUUCUCCUUCCUCGUGCCGACUUCUCUUCACUUCCAUGCUUCUCAAUUGAAAGAUGUUUUCACAGCGUCGCUUCCUCAACCGACAGAUGAGCUUGCCCAAGACGACGAGCCUUCCUCGGUAGCGGAGCUUGUGGCCAGGUACAUUGGACAUGUCGCCCACGAGGUUGAGGAAGGCGAGGAUGAUGCGCAGGGAACAUACUUAGAGGUCCUGAAGCUUGCUCUCAAUGAAUUUGAGCGGGCGUUCAUGCGUGGCAACGAUGUCCAUGCAGUUAUCGCCGGGCUCCCGGGGAUCACGGCCAAGAAAAUCUCGGUUGUGGAAGCGUACUACGCUGGCAGAGCAGCUGCCGGUCGUCCCACCAAGCCUUAUGACUCCGCUCUGUUCCGUGCUGCCUCCGAUGAGAAGGCAAGCAUUUACACCGUCUUUGGAGGACAAGGAAAUAUCGAAGAAUAUUUUGACGAACUCAGGGAAAUUUAUUCUACGUACCCUUCCUUUGUGGAUGACUUGAUCUCCUCGUCGGCUGAAUUGCUACAGUCCCUGUCGCGCGAGCCCGAAGCCAGCAAGCUGUAUCCCAAGGGCUUAGAUAUUCUCCAUUGGCUCCAGGAUCACGAUUCUCAGCCCGACACGGAUUAUUUGGUGUCGGCUCCCGUGAGUUUACCAUUAAUCGGCUUGGUUCAGCUGGCACAUUUUGUGGUUACUUGCAAGGUUCUGGGGAGGGAGCCUGGAGAGAUUCUGGAGAGGUUCAAUGGGACAACCGGUCAUUCUCAGGGAAUUGUUACUGCUGCAGCAAUCGCAUCGACAACUACCUGGGAAAGCUUUGAGAAGGCAGCGAAGGAUGUAUUGACAAUGCUGUUUUGGAUCGGCCUGCGCAGCCAACAAGCCUAUCCACGUACAUCCAUUGCUCCCUCCGUAUUGCAGGAUUCCAUUGAAAAUGGAGAAGGCAACCCGACCCCCAUGCUUUCGAUCCGCGACCUUCCCAGAUCCGCUGUCCAGGAGCAUAUCGAUACCACCAAUGAACACCUUCCAGAGGAUCGCCACAUCUCUAUUUCUUUGGUCAACAGUGCUCGCAACUUUGUUGUGACCGGGCCGCCACUUUCCCUGUACGGUUUGAACCUCCGCCUACGCAAAGUCAAGGCCCCGACUGGCUUGGACCAGAAUCGUGUUCCUUUCACACAACGGAAGGUCCGAUUUGUCAACCGUUUUCUUCCCAUCACCGCUCCCUUCCACAGCCAAUACCUUGCCUCGGCGUACGAUCGGAUUCUGGAGGAUUUGGAAGACAUUGAAAUACCAGCGAAGUCCUUGAACAUUCCCGUCUACGGCACCAAAAGUGGCGACGAUUUGAAGACAUUAGGUGAUGCGAACAUAGUCCCUGAGCUGGUCCGCAUGAUCACUCACGAUGCGGUCAAUUGGGAGCAGGCAACCGUCUUCUCUGGGGCUACUCACAUUGUUGAUUUUGGCCCAGGCGGAAUUUCUGGCCUUGGAGUGCUCACGAACCGUAACAAAGAUGGGACUGGUGUUCGUGUUGUGCUUGCUGGAGCUAUGGACGGCACCAACGCUGAAGUUGGCUACAAACCAGAGCUCUUCGAUCGCGACGAACACUCAGUGAACUUUGCCAUAGACUGGGUUAAAGAGUACGGGCCUCGCUUGGUAAAGAACAAGACUGGUCAGACCUUUGUCGACACGAAGAUGAGCCGAAUCCUGGGAAUUCCCCCAAUCAUGGUCGCUGGAAUGACACCAACCACGGUUCCUUGGGAUUUUGUUGCUGCGACCAUGAAUGCGGGUUACCACGUUGAACUUGCUGGUGGUGGUUAUUACAAUGCCAAGACGAUGACCGAUGCUGUUUCCAAGAUCGAGAAGGCUAUCCCCCCAGGCCGUGGUAUUACGAUCAACUUGAUUUACGUCAAUCCUCGUGCCAUGGCAUGGCAGAUACCUCUGAUCGGAAAGCUUAGGGCUGACGGUGUGCCAAUUGAAGGUCUCACCAUCGGUGCCGGAGUCCCUUCUAUUGAAGUUGCUAAUGAGUACAUCGAGACUCUUGGGAUAAAGCAUAUUGCUUUCAAACCAGGAUCUGUCGAUGCCAUCCAGCAAGUCAUCAAUAUCGCGAAGGCCAACCCCAGGUUCCCGGUUAUCCUUCAAUGGACCGGAGGUCGGGGUGGUGGUCACCAUUCAUUUGAAGAUUUCCACCAACCCGUCCUUCAGAUGUACAGCCGCAUCCGACGCUGCGACAACAUCGUUCUUGUUGCUGGCAGUGGCUUUGGUGGUUCUGAGGAUACCUACCCUUACCUUUCUGGAACCUGGUCAUCGUGCUUCGGAUAUCCGCCCAUGCCGUUCGACGGUUGUUUGUUCGGCAGUCGCAUGAUGAUUGCUAAAGAGGCACAUACUUCAAAGAAUGCCAAGCAGGCCAUCGCUGACGCCCCGGGUCUUGACGACAAGGACUGGGAAAAGACGUACAACGGUUCUGCCGGCGGUGUGGUCACGGUCCUUUCUGAAAUGGGCGAACCGAUCCACAAACUUGCCACAAGGGGUGUUCAAUUCUGGCAUGAAAUGGACCAGAAGAUCUUCAAGCUUGAUAAAUCUAAGCGUGUGCCUGAGCUCAAGAAGCAGCGCAACUACAUCAUCCAGAAACUUAACGACGAUUUCCAGAAGGUGUGGUUUGGCCGCAAUGCGGCCGGCGAAACCGUUGACUUGGAAGACAUGACAUACACUGAGGUUGUCCAUCGCAUGGUGGAUCUCAUGUACGUCAACCAUGAAUCACGAUGGAUUGAUGACUCGCUGAAAAGACUGACCGGCGAUUUCAUUCGUCGGGUCGAGGAGCGAUUUACUGCCUCCGAGGGUCAGCCCUCUCUGCUGCAAAAUUACUCGGAGCUCAACACCCCUUACCCAGCGAUUGAUAAUAUUUUGGCCGCCUACCCUGAAUCGGCUUCCCAGCUCAUCAACGCUCAAGACGUUCAGCAUUUCCUCCUACUCUGUCAACGACGUGGGCAAAAGCCAGUCCCAUUUGUUCCUUCCUUGGAUGAUAACUUCGAAUAUUGGUUCAAGAAAGACUCUUUGUGGCAGAGUGAGGACUUGGAGGCGGUUGUUGGCCAGGAUGUUGGAAGGACUUGUAUUUUGCAGGGUCCAAUGGCUGCCAAAUUCUCUAAUGUGAUUGACCAGCCCGUGCAGGAUAUCCUGGACAGCAUUCACCAGGGGCACAUUCAGAGCUUGGUCAAGGAUGUAUAUGCCGGUGACGAAACAAAGAUACCAGCUGUUGAAUACUUUGGUGGUCAUCUCAAGGAGACUAUCGACGAGCCUGAGAUCGAAGGCCUAACAAUUGCGGAAGACUCGAACAAGGUAACCUAUAGGUUAUCAUCCUCCCCUUCAGCAGAUCUGCCUAGCCUCGACAGGUGGUUGGGUCUACUUGCCGGUGUAUCAUUUUCCUGGAGACAUGCCUUCUUCCUCACCGACGUCUUCGUUCAAGGCCACCGUUUCCAGUCCAACCCCAUGAAACGACUUGUCGCUCCCACGUCGGGGAUGUAUGUGGAAAUCACACACCCUAACGAUCCCUCCAAAACGUCGAUCACCGUGAGAGAGCCCUACCAGUCCGGAAAAAUGGUCCGAACAAUUGAGGUGAAAUUGAACGAGACUCAACAAAUCAGCCUCACGUUGUUCGAAGGAAGAACAGCUGAAUCCGGUGUUGUUCCGCUGAGUUUCCUGUUCACAUAUCACCCUGAGGCGGGUUAUGCGCCGAUCAGAGAGGUCAUGGAAGGUCGCAACGAUCGGAUCAAGGAAUUUUAUUACCGCGUCUGGUUCGGUAAUAAGGAUGUUCCCUUCGAGACUCCCACAACUGCAACUUUCUCCGGUGGUCGUGAAACAAUUACUUCUCAAGCUGUCGCUGAUUUUGUGCAUGCUGUUGGCAACACUGGUGAGGCCUUUGUUGAUCGCCCUGGCAAGGAGGUCUUUGCUCCCAUGGAUUUUGCCAUCGUUGCGGGUUGGAAAGCCAUCACGCAGCCUAUCUUCCCUCGUACGAUAGAUGGAGAUUUGCUGAAGCUUGUCCACUUGUCGAACGGAUUCAAGAUGGUCCCUGGGGCACAGCCACUUAAGGUUGGCGACGUGCUGGAUACCACGGCGCAGAUCAAUUCGGUCAUCAACCAAGACUCGGGCAAAAUGGUGGAAGUUUGUGGCACCAUUGAAAGGGACGGUAAACCUAUCAUGCAUGUUACGAGCCAGUUCCUUUACCGAGGUGCCUACGUGGAUUUCGAAAAUACCUUCCAGCGCAAGGAUGAGGUUCCUAUGCAGCUCCACCUUGCUUCCAGUAGGGACGUGGCUGUCCUUCGUUCCAAGGAAUGGUUCCGCAUGGACGAACCUGAUCUCGAGCUCCUUGGCCAAACCUUGACUUUCCGUCUUCAAAGUCUCAUCAAGUUCAAGAACAAGUCUGUUUUCAGUCACGUUCAGACAGUCGGACAGGUCCUCCUUGAGCUUCCUACCAAGGAAAUCAUUCAAGUCGCCUCGGUCGACUAUGAGGCCGGCACUUCCCACGGAAACCCCGUCAUCGACUACCUCCAGCGGAACGGAAACUCGAUUGAGCAGCCUGUUUACUUUGAAAACCCAAUCCCUCUUAGCGGCAAAACGCCGUUGGUUCUCCGGGCUCCCACAUCCAAUGAGACCUAUGCUCGUGUCUCUGGCGAUUACAACCCAAUCCAUGUUUCCCGCGUCUUUUCCAGCUACGCCAACUUGCCGGGCACUAUUACCCAUGGCAUGUAUACCAGUGCUGCUGUGCGCAGUUACGUCGAGACUUGGGCGGCUGAAAAUAACAUUGGGCGUGUGCGUGGAUUCCAUGUGUCCCUGGUCGGUAUGGUCUUGCCUAAUGACAUGAUUACGGUCAAACUACAACAUGUCGGUAUGAUUGCUGGCCGUAAAAUCAUCAAGGUUGAGGCUAGCAACAAAGAAACCGAGGACAAAGUUCUUCUGGGCGAAGCUGAGGUUGAGCAGCCCGUCACUUCCUAUGUGUUCACGGGACAAGGCUCACAGGAGCAAGGUAUGGGGAUGGAGCUUUAUGGUAGCAGCCCCGUUGCUCGUGAGGUUUGGGAUCGAGCGGAUCGUCAUUUCAUCGAGAACUAUGGACUCUCGAUAAUUGACAUUGUGAAGAACAACCCCAAGGAGCUUACUGUCUAUUUCGGUGGUCCACGUGGUAAGGCUAUUCGCCAGAACUACAUGUCCAUGACUUUCGAAUCUGUGAAUGCGGAUGGGACAAUCAAGUCUGAGAAGAUCUUCAAAGAGGUCGAUGAGACUACAUCCUCUUACACCUACCGGUCGCCGUCGGGACUUCUUUCUGCAACCCAGUUCACGCAACCGGCUCUUACUUUGAUGGAAAAGGCAAGCUUCGAAGACAUGCGCGCCAAAGGCCUCGUUCAGAGAGAUAGUAGUUUUGCGGGUCACUCGCUCGGCGAAUAUUCGGCUCUGGCUGCCCUGGCUGAUGUCAUGCCAAUUGAGAGUUUGGUUUCCGUUGUUUUCUACCGAGGUUUGACUAUGCAAGUUGCUGUGGAGCGAGAUGAGCAAGGUCGAUCGAACUAUUCGAUGUGCGCUGUCAAUCCAAGUCGCAUUUCCAAAAGUUUCAACGAGCAGGCUUUGCAAUAUGUGGUUGAAAACAUCUCCGAGCAAACGGGCUGGCUCUUGGAAAUUGUCAACUACAACGUGGCAAACAUGCAAUAUGUUGCUGCUGGUGAUUUACGAGCUCUUGACUGCCUCACCAACCUUCUUAACUAUUUGAAGGCCCAAAACAUCGACAUCCCUGCUCUCAUGCAAAGUAUGUCGCUAGAAGACGUCAAGGCUCAUCUUGUCAACAUCAUCCAUGAGUGUGUCAAGCAAACGGAGUCCAAGCCUACUCCUAUUUCUCUUGAAAGAGGCUUCGCAACAAUUCCCCUCAAAGGAAUUGAUGUUCCUUUCCACAGCACUUUCCUCCGCUCUGGUGUGAAACCCUUCCGGUCGUUCUUAUUGAAGAAGAUCAACCGGACUACCAUCGACCCUAGCAAGUUGAUUGGAAAGUACAUUCCGAACGUGACAGCUCGCCCAUUCGAGAUCACGAAGGAAUACUUUGAAGAUGUCUACAGGCUUACAAACUCGCCUCGUAUUGCCCAUAUCUUGGCAAACUGGGAGAAAUUUGAGUAAAGGAAAAUGGGAACAAUUCGAGAAUCUGGCUUUACGUCCAAUGUCCUAGUGUGCAUUCCAGUUGCGUUUCUCGUGUUUAUUUUUCGUUUUAUCUUUUUUCUUGACAUCAUGCUUCUCCAUGUUUGCUAUAAAAUACUUUGUCUUAGCGCCCGGUGUUGAGAAGUGUUUUUACAUUUCAAUUUCACUAUUCAAUUUACAUUAAUUCUUCCAGACCAAAGGUCACUUUACCACAAUCCUCAUUUGGGGGUGGGCGAACGAAAAUCGAAAACAAAGCAUUCUAGGUAUCUCAAGGAUGAGCAGCAUUGACGCGAUUUGACCUUUAUUCUCCACCUUCUUUCAGAGCACCGGGCCGUAAAAGACGAUCCUCUUUUCCAUAA